AGUGUACAUGCAAUCCCUUUUUAGCCAAUCACAAAGCACUUUACUGAGGCGAGUGAUGAAUUUACUGCGCAUGUGCAAAAGAAGUGGCGUGUGUUUGACGAGUGGACUGAAACAGCUUAUUUGGUUAAUAACCACGUAGAUACGAUGGAAACACCAAGAGAUGUACAGCCGCCAAAGCAGCAGCCAAUGUUCUACAUAUGUGGCGAGUGCCACAAGGAAAUCGAAAUCAAAGCCCGUGAUCCCAUCCGGUGCAGAGAGUGCGGCUACAGGAUCAUGUACAAGAAGAGAACAAAUAGAUUGGUUGUUUUUGAUGCCCGAUGAAGCGGAGGAAUGUUUUUGUGCUGUCUUUGUCUUUUGUUGUUGGAAUUUGCUUUUGGGAUUUAUUAAAACAUAAUUUUCACUGA